AUGUCUGACAGUGAUACUCUUCAAUUCCUCGUCUACAACCUCUUACCCGUUUUCAACCAGCCAUCGACAGAUGAUGAGUCGCCAUCCAUCGCCAUACAGAAAGUGGGGGAUAUCACCAUCACCACCUACUUUGGGAUACACGAGCUGGCCGCCAGCAACCUCCUCAUCACUCUCGUUGCCCUCGGAACCGAAAUCGACUCUUGCCAGGGCAUAAGAAGAUCUUCCAGACACAAGAUUAUCAUGCGUGCAAGCUGCUGCGUAGCCUUCAUCCACGGUCUGCUCUGCUUAGCUUCCCUUUCGAUGACGCCAUCGAUGUUGACGGCUGCAUGGUCCGGUUCUACAUCGAAUAUUGGCUCGUUGGUUUAUCUCAUUUACUUGAACAUCUUCGCCAUCAGGAUAACUCAUACGGUCGGAGAAAUUUUCAUGUCAGUCGCUAUUGCCAUCAGAGUGAGGUUGGACCAACAGGUGGUAUCGAUUUCGAGGUUAUUCGUUGCCUGUUCCGCUCUGAUGCUUCCAGCCAUGUGCUACGAUCUCGCCACCGCUAUUCACUUCGGUGGUCUUAGGGGCGAUAUGCCUCGCCUUGUUCCCUGGUACAUGUCGAUGAUCCAAGUCAUGACCACAUCUGUGCCCAUGUUCACCACUUUCUCCAUCAUAUACUACAUUUGCUUCUCGAAGCAGAAGGCAAUAGGAAUGAACGACGUCGAGGAUGACGAGUCCGUUCGGACGCCCCUCGGUGCAGACAUUCAUGGAAGCGAGGACCGACAGCCCAGAGCCACCCAGCCAUUUAAUCCACCACAGCAGCCAGUCCUCGAUGAGUGGGCGCCUCAGCAAGCUUCUCGAGCAGCGACGCCGUCUCCGCAGGAGCUCUCGCCCCAGCUGCGAUGCUACGAACUCCCGUCGGUACAAGGUAUUCCCAUGACUCUGAACCCUCGCAUCGACCAAGGACCUGUCCGGCGGCCGCUGCCCUGCUUGGUGACAGGCUGGUACGAUUCAGACGAGGUACCGUGA